AUGGGAGGAGGCGCUUCAGCUCCUGCUAAAGAACCUGAGCCUGAGAAAAAGGAUGAGGGUGCUCCCGUGCCAGCUGAAGCUCCAGGGGCAGUUCCGGCAGAGCAACCGGCUCCACCUCCACAACCAGCAGAAAAAGGAAUGAAGGAGGAACUACCUGCCGAGCCGAAAAAAGAAGCGCUACCCGAACAGGUGGAACCUCAAAAACUGGAAACUGCGCCCAAAAAAGAGGAACUUCCUCCGGAAGCACCUCCUAAAAUAGCCGAAGCAGCUCCUGUAGAAGCACCUCCGAAAAAAAGUGAACCUCCUGCAGAAGCUCCUCCUAUGAAAGUAGAACCUCCUCCUGAAGCACCUCCCAAAAAAGCUGAAGCUCCUGCAGAAGUGCCCCCCAAGAAAAUUGAACCUCCAGCCGAAGCUCCUCCAAAGAAAGUUGAAUCUCCCCCAGAAGUAGCUCCUAAAAAAGCUGAAGCUCCACCAGAAGCACCUUUGAAAAAAGUUGAGCCUCCUGCAGAAGCCCCUCCUAAAAAAGCUGAGCCUCCUGCAGAAGUUUCUCCUAAAAAAGCUGAGGCUCCGGUGGAAGCUCCUCCUAAAAAACCGAUCCCUGCCGAAGUACCUCCUAAAAAAGAUGAAUCACCUUCAAAAGUCGCUCCUCCUAAGAAACCCGUAGAAGCCGCCGCUAAAAAAGCAGGACCUUCGAACGAUGUCAAAGUACGCGAAGAAAAAACUCCAGAAAAGAAGGGCGUUAACGGAAAGCCUCCAGACAAAAAGGCCCCUGCUGAGUCGCUCGAGAAAAAGGGUUCGAAGGAGAAGGUGCCAGUGCAACCACCGAGCCAAAGGAAAUCUGCAAUUUACAAGAUUAAGAAAGCAGAAGAGAAAGUGAAAAAUGCUUUUCAUAAGCCAAAAGCAACGAAGAGCAAGUCAGCCGAAAAGGUUUCGGUAAGUGAAGGCAACGAAAUCAAGUGGUUGAACAGUUCCACGCGGUUGAACAGUUAUUGCCAAUCUGAAUCCAAUCUUAGCGUCGAUGGGAAGUGA